UUUGCUGUGGUCUGUUCCGUGGUUGUUGUCAUGUCAUGUUGUUGUUUGGAAAGAUUGGAAAUUGUUGGAUAGGGAAGUUGCAAAUAGGAAAUAGGAAAUAGGAAAUAAUAAUAAUACAAAACUGUAAAUAUCAUGUAAAUUAACAAUAAAAUGGAAAAAGCAUAUCAAAAUAAAGUUGUUGAAGAUAUAUGCAUAAUUUGUGGGGAAUAUCAUUUUUAUAAAAAUUGCAAAUAUACAGUUAACUCUAGACAGAUUUUGGAUAAAUUAAUUCCUACAAGAGCCAGACUUACAUUGCCAGAUAUGUUGGAAAUAAGAACAAUGGCAACUGGCAUGCACACAGUUGUUACAAAAGCAGUUUUAGCAGCUGGAACAGAAUUUGGACCAUUUAUUGCUAAAAAAGAAAACACCUUAAAUCCUUUUAUUCAAUUUCCACUUAAAAUAUUUUCUGAGGAAAAUUUCACAUCAACAGAAUAUUACUUAGAUACAAGUGAUGAAACGGAGUGUUCUUGGAUGAUGUUUGUUUCUCCUGCUAAUGAUGUCUCAGAACAAAAUUUAAUUUGUUAUCAAAAAGAAGGAGAUAUAUUUUUUAUGGCCAUAAGAAGUAUAGCUGAAGGGGAAACUUUAAAAGUGUGGUAUUCUCCAUAUUAUGCAAUCAAAAUGCAGAAAAAAAUAUUGUCAUCAGAAAUUAAGAAAUCAGAUAAUUUACCAGAAUCACCUAAUAAGCCGGAUUUAAAUGUUCUAAUAAAAGAACAGCAGAAAAUCAUUACAAAGGAAAUUUGGAACUGCAAGUUUUGUUACAAAUUAGAAGAAAGUGUCAUUGAAUUUGCCAAGCAUCUGUACAAUCACUAUGCUUUGCGGAAAAGAAAAUCUUGUCAAUAUUGUAAACAAACAUUUUUACAUAUAAAGAAUUAUAAAAACCAUUUAAAAUUAUUUCAUAAUAGUACUGUAAUGGAUAUGGGAAAAACUGUUACAGACAAAUGUUACGAAUCUUUAAUUCCCAAAGGAGUAGUAGAGUUGAAAGACAACUGUGUUGGAGGGCCACUAUUAGUUGAUAAUAUGUUAACAGACGGUUUUGAUAAUUCAAAUUUGCUGAUACAGCAACAAGACCCAAGUUCCUUUGAUAUGCAAAUAAAUGAUUUGUUAGAGGUUGACACUUUAAAUUUAGGAGUCGAUCAUAUAUUAAAUUCCAGCAUAAGGGAUUUUGAUUUACUAAAUUCUGAUGUCAACAGAAAGGAAGAUGAAAAGGACACAUAUAUUUGUGAUAUUUGUUUGAGAACAUGUAGUAGCCUUAAAUCGAUAACGUCACAUUUGAAAUUACACAUGGCCAAAUAUUUUUGUUCUUUAUGUAAAAAGGUAUUUGGCAGACGGGAGAAUCUGAAAUUUCACAAAUGUAACUAUAUGUAUUCGUUAAAAUGUCCCAAGUGUGAUAAGAUAUUUUACCAAAGGAAAUAUUUAAUUCGGCAUGUCGCUAUAGUUCAUGAAAAACGAUUUUCUUGUAAGGAUUGUCAUAAAGUUUCGUAUUCUUUACACGAUUUAAAAAAUCAUCUUUGUCGCAAUAUACCAGAGGAAAAAAGAUUUAAAUAUAAGUGUAGUCAAUGCUCAAAGGCAUACCUUAAACAAUCUUACUUAGCUAGACAUUUAAAAUUACAUAUGGUAAAUAAAAAUCAACCAGAAAAUAAAUUACAGAAAUAUAUAUGUUCAGAAUGUAGCGAAACAUUUAGUUCAAGGUGUGCAUAUAAUAGACAUUUAACAACUAUUCACGAGAAACUUCGAUUAUACAAUUGUCGAAUUUGUGACAAGUCGUUUGGUAGAGGUGACAUUUUAAAAAAUCAUAUAAUGAAUAUUCAUAGGAUUGGGAUAGGAGAGAUGUUUAAUUGCUCCGAAUGCGGAAAACAGUUUAAAAAUCAGAAAACAUUGAACGUGCACAAGUCCGCUCACAAUCAAAUUGGAUUUAAAUGCCACUGCGGUGCUUCAUUUAUGUAUAAAAACAAUUUGCAACGUCACAACAAACAGUUUCAUGCAAGUCCAGAUAAAUUUCACACAGGCGAGACGUUAGUUCACGAGUGUCCAAUUUGUCACAAUAAAGUAAAAUUAAAAAGAUCGCUUCAGCGCCAUAUUAGGCAAAAACAUCCAGAAGAAUACAAAAAUAUAUGUUUGGAAUUAAGCGCUAAAAAAGUUAAGAUAGACAAGAAGAGAAAGAAUAAAAUCAGUGACGAAGAUUUUGAUACAAAUCAGAAAUGUAUGGAUUUACAAAAAACUAUUGAAAACAUGGAUUUUAAUAUUUACACGUGCAAUGAAAAUUUGUAUAGCGGCAGCGAAACAAUUGACAAAUUUUUGAAAGAGAGCAGCGAACAAAUUGGAGCAUUGUUCGUCGAUAGCCCUAAAUCUAUAGAAAUGCCAAGUGGAAUUGGAGGUGUAAAUAUUAAUAAAUUAAAUAGUAAAGAAGUUUGUUUAUCCAUGCCCGAUUUAUCAGAAGGAGAUCAUGAAAUAAAAUUAGGAAAAAACGCAUACAUUCUUGACAAUGGAAAUAUAGUUGAACCUGAAGAAAAAACGUCAAAUGUUGUAGUUUAUGUUUUAAGCAAUAAAUGAAAAAAAAAAUAAAAAAGG